AUGAUAUUUACGUGCUUUGUUUUUUCUUCAAGUUUUCAUUGUAAACUGCGUUCUGUUGGACAAUACUAUGGUAUACGACUCGAAGCUUCUUUAUUAAAAGUGGAAUACAUAACCAGGGGAGGAAUUAUUUUUAAUACUCUGAAACAUACCCAAAACAUGUCUAGUGGGAAACAGAUUUUCGCAUUAUUUUUCUCUCUGCUGGCAAAGUCUUGGUGGGUGAGCUUCUUAUAAUAACUUUUUUCGUAUUGAAAUGUCCUGAAAUUUUUUUCCUGAUUAUAUGCAUGUCUUAGCAACUUUCCAAAUAUGAUGUUUUGACAUCUUUCCCUUCCUUUGUAGAAGAGUAAGAAAAAAAGAAAUAAGCUAGAAUCUUGGCGUUCCAGUUUAUAUGAAAUAAUUUAACGUGAACAAAUCCUUUAGAAUUUCGAAAAGAAUGAGACGUGGUGGAGUUCUGUUUUAUAUAUAUACAUACAUACAUAGAUACAUAUAUGGAAAAGUCAUGUUGCAUUCUAUUGAAACAAUUUUUAUGCUCCUUCCAAUGGAAUUAUCUAUUGCUUUUAUCUAAGUGGACUUCGGUUUGUUGAGGAAUUAUCAUCUGAUUACCGCUCCAUGUCCCAGACCACAUGAGCCAAAAGCUAUUUAUUUGAUGAAAGAGUUUUUUUCAUUUUUUUCCUCCCUAUUUUGUUUGUUCUUCUAUUCUCAUCACAGUGCCAUACCUUUUGGGGAAUCCAGCAUGAGCCAUGGACUGACUUGUCGUUAUGAAUGAUGCAUUAUUUAUCUAUGGUGUUAGGGCCUCUUGUAGAUGAUUGAUUUUUCUUCUGUGUAAACGCUAACUACACAAGGUUGUGAUAAAAAAGUUUUGCAAAUUUCCGUUUGGAAGGCUUUUUAUUCACUGUUGGAAGAAAGAUAUUUCGUUUGAAUGUCGAAUUUCUUAGAUACCGUUAUGAUAUUCAGCGCCGUAUAUUUCCAGUAGUAUAUAUUUAUCUUUGAAGUUCAUCUUUCACAGGUUUUGGUCGUAUUGGAAGGUUGGUUUUACGCAUAGCAACAACUAGGGACGAUAUUGAGGUUGUAGCUGUCAAUGAUCCUUUCAUUGAUGCUAAAUACAUGGUGAGAAGUAAAUGGCAGGACUUUGAAUUUCUGUUUGUCCUAAUUUGAAUUUUUUUAUAUCUUAUUUUUAUAGUUUAUUAUAUAUAUGUUGAUUUGGAAAUAUCUAGGCUCAGUCUUGGUUAUGGUGAAUGGAUAACUUAAGCUUUUAUUUUCAGUUUCUAGGUGCCUUUGAUAAAUUUAAUUUCAUCAAAUCCUUAUCAGAUGGAUAUGAUUAAGAUCAUAUUUAUUGAAUUUUGAACUUGAUCAUCGUGUUAAUCCCAUUAUCGGAUGAUAUUUACAUCAAAUCUGAUGAAUUUUCUUUAAAGUUUCAAGAAGUGGAUACUCACAAAUCUAAUGAAUCGUUCAUAGCCUUAUUUAUGUUUGUUUAAACUCACCAAGGUAAAAAGACUCAGUUAACCUAUAGUUUCUUUAAAUAGACAUGUACCCCCGUUUCAAAAAAAAAAGCUCAGUUUCGGUUGUGCUUUCACUGUUUAGAAUUAACAACUUGGUUUCGGAUAUGCAGGCAUACAUGCUCAAGUACGAUUCAACCCAUGGUGUGUUCAAAGGAACUAUCAACGUAUUGAAUGAAACUACGUUGGAGAUUAAUGGGAAGCGAAUCGCCAUCACUUGCAACAGGUUUGUCAGUCAGUCAAACAACACUUUGCGCACAUUACUUGACACAUAAUAUCCAUAGAAAAACGUGAGGUAUUUUAUUUGGGAAAAUCAGUACCACUUUUGACUUUCCUCCUAAACCUUAUUUAUUUCAUUUUUUUUUCCUUUUCCUGUUACUGUUUAUUAUUUACUAUCCAUCUAUUGUCCCCCCCCCCUGCUUCCCCAAUUGAUCGCUCUGGUAAUAGAGCUCGGUUGGAACUGGAGACUGAUUAGCGCCUGUUGAAUUGAUUUUCUCAGGGAACCAGCAGAGAUUCCGUGGGGUGACUUUGGGGUGGAGUACGUCAUUGAAUCUUCUGGCGUUUUCACGACACUGUCCAAAGCAUCUGCACACCUCAAGGUCGUCCUCCCCUUCUUCCUGAUACCAACUCCCCAAAAAACAGAGAGUCCUCUUAUUCCUGCUGCAAGUUCUCAUCAGCCAAGUCAAAACCCCGUUGGUCAACUCUCAGGGCGGCGCGAAGAAGGUGGUGAUCUCUGCCCCCUCCGCCGAUGCUCCGAUGUUCGUGGUGGGAGUCAACGAAAGGAGCUACGACCCGAGCAUGGACGUGGUCUCAAACGCCAGCUGCACCACCAACUGUCUGGCCCCCCUCGCCAAGGCAUGCUUUGCCCUCCCUCUUUGUCAGACCGUAGACUUUCUUCCCUGGUCAAUGAGGACGACACCCGUUGACUCCUUGCAUCACUCUCGUGCAGGUUGUCCACGAGGAGUUUGGGAUCGCUGAAGGCCUCAUGACGACCGUCCACGCCACGACAGGUUCUCUCUCUUUUUUUUUUCUUUUUAAUUCUCUCGCGAUGCAGGUCUCCGUAGCUUCUUAAGCUUUGGUUUGGUUUUUCUCCUCCGUCCAGCCACGCAGAAGACCGUUGACGCCCCUUCGAAGAAGGAUUGGCGGGGAGGCCGUGGAGCUGGCCAGAACAUCAUCCCCAGCUCUACCGGCGCCGCCAAGGUAAGAGAGAGAGAGAGAGAGAGAGAGAGAGAGAGAGAGAGAGAGCUGUAUAUAUAUAUAUAUAUAUAUAUAUAUAUGGUAUUUCCUUUUCGUCCGGCUCACUAGGUGUUGACCAUCGGCUCUGUCUGUCUCUCUGUGUGUGUCUACUCUGUUGGUUCCAGGCGGUCGGCAAGGUGCUCCCGGAGCUGAAUGGGAAGCUGACCGGCAUGGCCUUCCGAGUGCCCACCCCCAACGUCUCCGUCGUUGACCUCACCUGUCGCCUUGAGAAAGCCGCUUCAUACGACGACGUCAAGGCCGUGAUCAAGUACGUCCCCCCCCCUCUCUCUCUCUCUCUCUCUCUAUCUAUCUCACGCUCGAAAAGUCGUCAUUCAGGGGAUAGAAAUUAUGAGAAAAUGCCGAUUAUGAUUUUAAUAUUUUAUUUUUAUUUUUUUAAUUUUCUCCAUGGAAUGAAUGAAUGAAUCCUUUUUUUUUUGUUUAGGUAUGCAUCGGAAGGGCCGCUGAAGGGAAUACUGGGAUACACCGACGAGGACGUCGUCUCCAAUGACUUCAUCGGAGACCCGAGGUCCAUAUCCUCAUUAUUAUUAUUAUUAUUAUUAUUAUUAUUAUUAUUAUUGUCAUUACCCAGCUCCCGCCGCCGCUGCAGGUCGAGCAUCUUCGACGCGAAGGCCGGCAUUGGCCUGAGCACCUCUUUCAUGAAGCUCGUCUCCUGGUACGACAACGAGUGGGGAUACAGGUCAGACCCUAAAAAUCUCUCUUCCUCUUUCUCUCUCUCUCUCUCUCUCUCUCUCUCUCUAUUAAAUUUUUUGGUACGUGUAUUUUUGGGGAUCACUGGGGAUGACUGA